CAGAUCGCAUAAGAUUGUAAAAGCCCAGUUUGGUGAAAGUUCAAAGUUUUCAAGCAAUCAAAGGUGGAAAAUUUUCCUCAGAAAAUUUGCAUUUCUGACCAUUUUUUUCUCGUUCGUCUAAACUUGUGUGUGAAUGGUUACGAUUUUACGACCCUUUUUUAUAUAUAUUAAGAUAUAUAUAGUGUGUGACAAAACAAAGAAAAUAUACGAAAAAUACAUUUUCAAAUGUCAAUAAUCGAAUAAAAACAUAAAAUACAAUGCAAAUUCAAUGAAUUUUGUGCAAAAUUGCAAAUGAAAAACGGUGUAUCGGUGUGAAAUUCGACAAAAGAAAAUUGCCUAAAAUAGGUUAAUUUCAGCAACAAAAAUACUGUAGAGAGCCAGCCAGCCAGCUAACCAACCAGCCAGCCAGCCACCGCUGCCACUCGUUUUGCAACUUGAAAGAAAUGUAUCCUGUAUUCUUGACAAAAAGUGGCUUUAGAAAUUGUUUAUUUCUAUGCGCUGGCAAACGGGUUUCGGCUUUUGCUACUUCAGCGACACCUUCUUCCUCUUUGUUAGCGCCCCUAAAACGUUACUACACCAGCGAUGAUAGUAAAUCAAAUGGUGAAGGUGGCGAUGGUGGUGGCGGCGGUGCCGACGUUAGUGGUGGUGGUGAUGUUGUAGAAAAUAUUGAUGGCAUUAAGCUUCCGCCGGAACCCACUACCUGUUGUAUGUCCGGUUGUGCAAAUUGUGUUUGGAUACAAUAUGCCGAAUCGAUUGCCAAACUAAUGGACGGCAAUACGGAAAGGGUUCGCGAUCUGGUAUUGCAAAAAAUCGAAGAUCCCAAUUUGAAAAUGUUUCUUAGUAUUGAAUUGAAAAGUAUCCAAUAUCGUAUGGAUAUGGAUAGAAAAUCGGAUACAAAUGAGCUAUCGACAUCAAGUUCUACAUCCGCAACAACUUCCGACAGCGACAAUGCCACAAAGUCAUAGAUUAUUGGGUAGUUUAAAAAUGAUUCUGUUUUCUUUAUGUACAAAAUGUUAUUGAUUCUGUUUAGUAGAAAUAGUACAAAGUAGAUUUUUGUUCUCAAUACUUUAUAGUUUGAAAAAAUGUCAUUCAUUAUUCAUUGACAAUUGUUGAAUAAAGAUUAAUAUUUAUUUGA